GAUUUCCGUGUCCGUGCUAUAGCUACACAGUCCCUACCACUGCUGCGAACCCUGUAACGUGAGGUGUAAUGGAGGUCGUAAAUCCUCGAUCUGCCCUGUUGUCCAACUACGAAGUCCUAGCUCUUUUGCGGGAACUGGACAGUGAUCACUUGGCGAAGACAAAGACGGCUUUGCGUAUUAAGAAAGAGGAGGAACAGUCGGGGAAGCCAACACCAAAUGCUACCGCGAUAGAGGAAGAGAUCUGUGAAAACUUGCGGACCGUUGAGGUCGAGGCACUUCAGUACCUCACGGCGGAGUAUCAGCCUAUAGCAGCACAAUCUGACGCUGGUAUAACCAAGCUGGUGAAAGAUAUCGAGCCAUAUGGUUUUACCAAAGCAGAGAAGUUGCAGAUCGUGAACCUAGCGCCCACAGAACCAGUCGAGCUUUACGUAAUCGUUGAGGAACUAGAAGAUCGAUUGGGUGAACGUAUGGAAGAAGUUCUGUCGCAUGUGCGAGCAUCGCUCGACCCCAAUGCCCUACCUGCUUCUACAGCUGAGGGGUCGAGCAACGGUGCAGAUCCCAAUCCCGCGGACCCCGCAGCUCUUCAAGUUGAAGAGAAGAUCACGACAGAGGUUUACGAGGCGGAAACAUGGAUUCAAGACACCAACUAUAUUGAAUGGGACGAUGGUGGGGAAGGAGCGGGUGUCGAAGGGGAUUUGGAAAUGGAUGAAGAGUAACGGUACGCAUUGUGGCAAUUGUGAAACUCAUUUCUCGGUACCUCCGUCCUGGAUUCCCGUGUAUCGUUGAGGAGGGCCUCGCUGCACUUGCCGAAGUCGUAA